AUGGCAUUGAAAUUCUUAAGUUCACACACGUCAUAUUCUGGCAGCAGUAGCAGUGUCAAAUAUUUCGACAUUCGACUUCACAAUGACUACAUCGUGUUUCGAGGAAGCGAGGACGAGGCUGCGAGUGCCGAACUCUCCGGCUCGGUUGUUCUGUGUCUUACCGAGGCCAUCAACAUCUCCCAUGUCAACUUGACAUUGAGCGGUAUCCUUCAUAUGUCCUAUUUGACUUCAUCCACCUCCUCCAUGUCUGGCAGACGCACCGCCUACAAAGAGAAGACAUUCUUUGAAAAGAGUUGGACUUUUCGGGAUCCCGGAAAGAGCAAAUCCGAAAUCUUACCGCCCGACAACUACGAGUGGCCCUUUAGAUGUAUUUUGGAAGGGUCUCUACCUGAGAGUGUUGAAGGCUUAAAAGAUGCAUGGGUAAUAUACCGCCUGAAGGCGGAGAUCAGUCGCAAGAGAGGCAGAGAUAUCGUCAUCCGUAAACCUUUGCGUAUUGUUCGCACCUUCGAUGCCAACGCCUUGGAGCUGGCUCACGCUAUGUCCGUGGAGAAUAUCUGGCCCAACAAGAUCGAAUACUCCAUCUGCAUACCCAACAAAGCGGUCGCUUUCGGUUCCUUCGUCCAAGUCGACUUCAAGUUAAUAUCCCUUCUCAAAGGUUUGGUCAUUGGCAAUGUCUCUACUCAGGUCAGGGAAGAACAGGAACUCGUCGUUGAUCCGGAGUGGGGAGUAUCCGCUCUCAACAAUGGUAUCACCAAGGUGGACAGGACCAUCGUCUCAGAUGUGUACAGAAUCGACCCUGAAAAAGAUGAACAGGUCAUCGACGAAGCCGCCGAAGGGUACCAGUUUACGCGGUUUCUGGAACUGCCCAAGUCUCUAAAUCAAUGCUUACAGGAUUGCAAUAUCAAAGGCAUCAAAGUCCGUCACAAGGUGAAGUUUAAUGUUCAGCUGCACAACCCCGAUGGGCACAUCUCAGAACUCAGAGCCAAUCUGCCGGUCUCCUUCUAUAUCUCACCGAGUCUCCCAAUCAACGAAAACAAUGAUCUCGUUGAUCAAUCAUCUCAAGCUAGUCGUGCUGCUAUCGCCAACGAUCUGGCCAAUUCAGCCCCACCUCUUUACGGUCAACAUACUCUCGAUCAAUUAUACACUGAUAUGGAAGGUUAUCGAACUCCAGGAAUGGCUCUGUCAGGACCAGGCACUCCUUACUUGCACAGCCGUCACGCAUCGUCAGACAACCUUGCAAGUCUUGCGGCUGUCACUAAUGGCUCCUUUGUAUCGCCGGUAGCUCUCGAGAAUAGGCUUCAAGAUCUACGAAUGACAAAUUCUGGCAAUCCAACUGAUGAAGAGAAUGAUUUGGCAACCAUUAUUGGACGGUCCAGGAGGAAUUCCGGCACAGCCCAGGCAAUCAGCGACUAUUUUACUGGCAAUUCAUCGAAUCAGAAUACACAUCCAAGACUGAGUCCUAAUGAUCAAGCCGCUCCAUCUGGAACCGCCACGCCGGGUUUGCCAGACAGUACGCUAAUUUCACGAAGGACGUCUGAGGAAGAGAACGCACCCAUGUCUGGAGCGCGGACCCCCUUUCCCCAAUACGACCACAUGGAGGAUCUGGCCAGAAUUCCAUCGUACACCACAGCCGUCAAGACACCGGCGCCAAGGACACCUUAUGAAGACUCAACGAAUCUUCCAUCGUAUGGAUCAGUCAUACGACAACCCAGUCCGCCGGCGCUUGCGGAACCUCCUGCAGCAUAUGUCCGCUCGUCUCCACGGGUUCCGGGCAGUCUCUCUUCAAGUCCGCCAGAAUUGGCUGCGAACGGCGGUAGAGGCCCAACGUUUCACAGAAACGUGAGUUCUAUACAAGACGAGGAGCGUAGGUUGAGGCUGUUACAGCUACGGGGUCGCUAG